GGGGGCGGGGCUGGGCGGAGCCCGCGCAGGGUGCUGGCCGCAGCGCCCCCAAGUCCCGGCGCCGGGCCCGCUCACGGCCGCGUGGGAGCAGUGGGGUUCGACGGCGCGGCCGCUAGGCCGCCAUGGCCGCUCACGGGAAGCUGCGGCGGGAGCGGGGGCUGCAGGCUGAGUAUGAGACGCAAGUCAAAGAGAUGCGCUGGCAGCUGAGCGAGCAGCUGCGCUGCCUGGAGCUGCAGGGUGAGCUGCGGCGGGAGCUGCUGCAGGAACUGGCAGAGUUCAUGCGGCGCCGCGCUGAGGUGGAGCUGGAGUACUCCCGGGGCCUGGAAAAGCUGGCCGAGCGCUUCUCCAGCCGUGGAGGCCGCCUGGGUAGCAGCCGGGAGCACCAAAGCUUCCGGAAGGAGCCAUCGCUCCUGUCGCCCUUGCACUGCUGGGCAGUGCUGCUGCAGCAUACGCGGCAGCAGAGCCGGGAAAGCGCGGCCCUGAGCGAGGUGCUGGCGGGGCCCCUGGCCCAGCGCCUGAGUCACAUUGCGGAGGACGUGGGGCGCCUGGUCAAGAAGAGCAGGGAUCUGGAACAGCAGCUGCAGGACGAGCUCCUGGAGGUGGUCUCAGAGCUGCAGACGGCCAAGAAGACGUACCAGGCAUAUCACAUGGAGAGCGUGAAUGCCGAGGCCAAGCUCCGGGAGGCCGAGCGGCAGGAGGAGAAGCGGGCAGGCCGGAGUGUCCCCACCACCACUGCUGCUGCCACUGAGGCAGGGCCCCUCCGCAAGAGCUCCCUCAAGAAGGGAGGGCGGUUGGUGGAGAAGCGGCAGGCCAAGUUUAUGGAGCACAAACUCAAGUGCACAAAGGCGCGCAACGAGUACCUGCUUAGCCUGGCCAGCGUCAACGCUGCUGUCAGUAACUACUACCUGCAUGACGUCUUGGACCUCAUGGAUUGCUGCGACACAGGGUUCCACCUGGCCCUGGGGCAGGUGCUCCGAAGCUACACGGCCGCUGAGAGCCGCACCCAAGCCUCCCAAGUGCAGGGCCUGGGCAGCCUGGAAGAAGCCGUGGAGGCCCUGGAUCCUCCAGGGGACAAGGCCAAGGUUCUCGAGGUGCAUGCUACCAUCUUCUGUCCCCCGCUGCGCUUUGACUACCACCCCCAUGAUGGGGAUGAGGUAGCUGAGAUCCGCGUUGAAAUGGAGCUGCAGGACGAGAUUGUGCCCAGAGCCCAGAACAUCCAGAGCCGCCUGGACCGACAGACCAUCGAGACGGAGGAGGUGAACAAGACACUGAAGGCGACACUGCAGGCCCUGCUGGAGGUGGUGGCCUCGGAUGACGGGGAUGUGCUCGACUCCUUCCAGACCAGCCCCUCCACUGAGUCCCUCAAGUCCACCAGUUCAGACCCAGGCAGCCGGCAGGCAGGCCGGAGGCGUGGCCAGCAGCAGGAGACUGAAACCUUCUACCUCACGAAGCUCCAGGAGUAUCUGAGUGGACGGAGCAUCCUCGCCAAGUUGCAGGCCAAGCACGAGAAGCUGCAGGAGGCCCUUCAGCGAGGUGACAAGGAGGAGCGGGAGAUGUCUUGGACCCAGUACACACAGAGAAAAUUCCAGAAGAGCCGCCACCCCCGCCCCAGCUCCCAGUAUAACCAGAGACUCUUUGGGGGAGACAUGGAGAAGUUUAUCCAGAGCUCAGGGCAGCCUGUGCCCCUGGUGGUGGAGAGCUGCAUUCGCUUCAUUAACCUCAACGGCUUGCAGCACGAAGGCAUCUUCCGGGUGUCGGGUGCCCAGCUCCGGGUCUCAGAGAUCCGUGAUGCCUUCGAGAGAGGGGAGGACCCACUGGUGGAGGGCUGCACUGCCCACGAUCUGGACUCAGUGGCCGGGGUGCUGAAGCUCUACUUCCGGAGCCUGGAGCCCCCACUCUUCCCCCCAGACCUGUUCAGUGAGCUGCUGGCUUCUUCGGAGCUGGAGGCCACGGCAGAGAGGGUGGAGCACGUGAGCCGCCUGCUAUGGCGGCUGCCCGCGCCAGUGCUGGUGGUUCUGCGCUACCUCUUCACCUUCCUCAACCACCUGGCCCAGUACAGCGAUGAGAACAUGAUGGACCCCUACAACCUGGCCGUGUGCUUUGGGCCCACGCUGCUACCGGUGCCCGCUGGGCAGGACCCGGUGGCGCUGCAGGGCCGGGUGAACCAGCUGGUGCAAACACUCAUACUGCAGCCAGAUCGGGUCUUCCCGCCCCUGACCUCGCUGCCUGGCCCCGUCUAUGAGAAGUGCAUGGCACCGCCUUCCGCCAGCUGCCUGGGGGACGCCCAGCUGGAGAGCCUGGGGGCGGACAACGAGCCGGAGCUGGAAGCUGAGAUGCUUGCCCAGGAGGAUGACCUGGAGGGGGUCAUGGAGGCUGUGGCCUGCUUUGCCUACACGGGCCGAACGGCCCAGGAGCUGAGCUUCCGGCGGGGGGACGUACUGCGGCUGCACGAGAGGGCCUCGAGCGACUGGUGGCGGGGGGAGCACAACGGCGUGCGGGGCCUCAUCCCCCACAAGUAUAUCACACUGCCUGAGGGGGCAGAGAAGCAGGUGGUGGGCGCAGGGCCGCAGACUGCAGGGGAGUCUGGGAGCAGUCCCGAGGGCCUCCUGGCAUCAGAGCUGGUUCACCGGCCAGAGCCAUGCAUCUCACCCGAGGCCGUGGGACUCUCUGGACACAGACGACGCUGCUUGGUCCCAGCCUCCCCGGAGCAACACGUGGAGGUGGAUAAGGCUGUGGCACAGAACAUGGACUCUGUGUUUAAGGAGCUCUUGGGAAAGACCUCUGUCCGCCAGGGCCUCGGGCCAGCAUCUGCCCCCUCUCCCAGCCCUGGGCCCCGAAGCCCAAAGGCACCGGCCAGCAGCCGCCUGGGCAGGAACAAAGGCUUCUCCCGGGGCCCUGGGGCCCCAGCCUCACCCUCAGCAUCCCACCCCCAGGGCCUGGACAUGACCCCCAAGCCACACUGAGGUGCUGCUGCUGGAGCUGUGUGCCCAGGCGGCCGCCCCUGGACCGGCCACUCUCCCCAGCCCUCUUACUUCUCUCCAACCCUGUCCGGCAAGUUCAGGGGGCCUGCACUUCAGCCUGCGCAGAGGUGGGAUGGGGCCGCACACGCAGGGAUGCCCACUCCACACCCUGCCUGCCUCUCAGCCCUGGCCCAGGCCCCUUUUGGAGGCUGGGGAAAGCCCUCUUCUGUGACUUUGUGGAGGGCUGGUCAGUGGCUGCUGGGUGUUAGGUACCCUUGCUCAGAUGCCUGACAGGGCUGGGUGGUGAUUCAUAAAGACCUCGCGUUGAUUCCCUGA